CAACACCAAAACCGACAUGGAGACUACCAAAGACGCCUGACAGUUUCUGUCUUCAUCCUUAUUUCUUAUACGAGAUGUUAAUCGCUAUCUACUGACGCCAGGCUUCGGCACACAGGUCCGGUUGUGAAAAUGGAGGCCAUGGAAGAUGAUAGUUUGGACAUAAAAGACGAUCACAACCACAACUAUUGUGCGAGCAGCAGCAGCAGUAGUAAAGUCCGCACGUAUCUUAGCAGCCGACUGUCGGAUGUAACGACGGUCCCGCAGCCCGUCUGUCCACCGGUGCCGGGAGGAGAACCGGCGACUCGACGAGGGAAGCUGUGGCCCGGCAGCACCGCCGGGUCAAAGUUCAUGGACUCGGAUUCAGGGAGUGAGAGCAGCGAAGUUAGCGAGGCUGACUGCACGGCUACGCCAGCCUCUGUCGAGGGGAAAUUCACCCUCGACUCUACUUCCAAGUUUCUCCUGAAUGCGAUGGCAGUAGAAGACUAUCGGAAAAACCACUGGCCAAACCUGGAGAAGGCCAUUGACCGCCUGCUGAUCCAGAACCCCACAGACCACAUCUCUGUUUCUUAUGCACAGAUAUACAGUUACAUUUAUAAGUGUGUUUGUCAGCAGCACUCAGAGCUGCUCUACAAUGAUUUGACAUCAAAAAUAACAAGUCAUCUGCAGCAUAUUUCCACCAAUCUACAGGCCAGUCCUCCUGAGAACUUAAUUGAGAACUUCAACAUUGCACUGACACAAUACACAGCUUCUCUUCAGUGUAUAGUCCCUGUGUUUAUGUACUUGAACAAGUUCUACAUCGAGUCAAAGCUGAACAGAGACCUAAGAGAGGAUUUGAUGAAGCUGUUUGCUGAUCAAGUUGCAGAGAAACAUGUGAACACACUGAUGCCUCUUCUCAUCGAAGCUCAUGCUAUGCCCUUUCAAGUGCAGCCGUCUACAAUGGCCAGUGUGGUUAAAGGCCUCUACAGCCUCCGACCAGAGUGGGCCCAGUUAGCCCCAGUUCUCUUCUCGGGGUUUAUUCCCCAAAUCAACCCACCCGCUGUGGAGUCUCUGCUGUCUGACUACGCCGCUCAUGACCAGAAGCUACAGCUGGAGCUUUCCAUGAAUGGAUUUCCACGAGGUGACCAGUCUCGCAAGCGGGCUAGCGAUGACUCCUGAUAGCAGAGCCGGUGUCACCGGAACCGUUACUGUGCCUCCUACAUCUUCUAUCACAAGUUGGCUCACUGCAAUAGGUACAAUGUUAACAAUGUGUCAGUUUCAUCUCUGUCGACUCAAGGUCAUGAAACACUGUGAACAACAAAGCAGAAGCUUAAUCUUACUGCACUUAUAAACAAAAAAAAAAGCACACAGACUUCCAUUAUGGUGCUUUCCUCUGUGAUUAUGAUGCAUCCAGCUUCAGUACUCGUAGGAUGCUGUCGUGUGUCCUCGGACGGUUUUUCUUCAUGUUCUCCUCGUUUGAAGAAUGCCUUUGCGGUGUGUGUUUGAUCGGAUAUCCUGACAGGGGAUAGGCUGAUGGUGGGUAAUUCAUUUCUAACCUUUAACAUGGAAGUGUCUUGUGUGGUUUUGAUAGACUGGGCUAAUCAAGACUUUUUUCUAUUGCUGCUAAUAAUACUGUCUAUGUGUUAAUACUACAAAUCCCCUGGUUUCAUCCACGGUGUGUGUAGCUACAGUCAAUACAAAUGAGUGUGAUAAGAAACGGGAACUAAGUCAUUGACCUCAACUAUGAUUCUCUUCUUCAUGUUGCCUUUACUGUGUUGGUAAACCGGAUUGUAUUUUCCAGUUGCGCCAAAGACGAUUUGCAGUGCUUGGUUUUUUGUUUUGUUUUUUUUAUACACAAUACAUUGGAUUGACUGACAUUGUUAAUGUUGUAUGCUGUCUGAGUCACUGAGCCAUUUAAGUUUUUUAUACUAACAAGUUUUGAGCUUGUUUGUUAGACUAAUGUCAAUUUCUAACUUAAAAUAAUACUUGUUUGUGUUAGCCUUGCAUGUAGGACUGGCAGGGGACUUCGUUGCAGGACAUUACAGAGUGCCACAAAGUUUAGACAAACAGUGCAAACACACUGCAAACAGUGUUUGAGAUUUUCCUCAAAUGUAAAUACAUCGAACCCUUUGCUUCAUGGAUUUAAUGAAACAAAUGAUAUGCAAAUAUUGUUUUGACCCGAGUCUGGCAUACUUGUGCAUUAAACGUUCCUAACGUGUAGCCUUUUCAUGAUGUAAAUAGUUUUUGUCUUUGGAUAGUGCUCAGCGUACACUAGCUUCACUUGAAUAGAAGUAUUUGAUACAAGGUUUUACACUGUUUUAAGUGUAAAUAGAUGCUCAGGCUUGCUUUUUUCCCCCUCGUCUGUUUUCUUGGAAAUGGUUCUCAUCUUCUCUCAAAUAAACUAAUUUUACUAAUCAUGGAA